CUGUGAACAAAUUAUUCAGCAUCGGACUUUCUCAUGGAUUUGUACGCCAGUUCACUCUCCAAAGAAAGCUAAAAGCUUUAAAAAAUCUCAGUGACAAGCCAAGGCAAGGCAACCUGUUUCCUUGCUAGCCAUGAGGAACUCGUCGUUUCUCCUUGUGCUUGUUCUCUCCCUUCUUCACAUAUCUUCUCAAGCUUCCUCUGCAAAUCGUUUCGCUUUGCACCGAGGCUCCUCCCUCUCCGUCGACAAUCCCGAUGAUGUGCUGAUCUCAAACUCUGGAGUCUUCUCCGCCGGGUUUUACCCCGUCGGUGUAAAUGCUUACUGCUUCGCCGUCUGGUUCAGCAGGCCACCUUGCAGCGGCCAAAAUUGCACCAUUGUUUGGAUGGCAAACCGCGAUAAACCCGUCAAUGGAAGACACUCAAAGCUUUCCCUAAAGAAAAAUGGCAAUCUCAUGCUAACUGACGCCGGCCAGGCAAUUGUUUGGGCUCAAAACACAGUCUCACUCUCAUCCUCACCGGUUCAUCAGUUACAGCUCCUAGACUCUGGUAAUCUUGUUCUUCGGGACAGAGAAAACAGAGUCACGGUUUGGCAAAGCUUCGACUCUCCGACUGACACGCUCCUUCCGGAACAGAACCUCACUAGGGACACGCCCCUGGUUUCCUCUCGGAGCAAAGGCAAUUUCUCUUCAGGUUAUUACAAGUUGUAUUUCGACAACGACAACGUCCUUCGUCUCCUCUUCGAUGGGCCUUCGUUCUCGAGUGUGUACUGGCCAGACCCGAGCAAAGUGAGCUGGGAAGUAGGAAGAACAACCUACAAUGACAGUAGAGUUGCCAUGCUCGAUUCCUUAGGGAAUUUCACUUCAUCCGACGAUCUGAAGUUCCUGUCAUCAGAUUUCGGCAUGAAAACCGAAAGAAUACUGAAGGUUGAUCAUGAUGGUAAUGUCAGGGUGUAUAGCAGAGGGGGAGGAGGCGAAUGGGUUGUGACAUGGCAAGCCAUAACUGAGCCAUGUACAGUUCAUGGGAUUUGUGGACCAAAUGGCAUUUGCAGUUACAGCCCAAGUGAGGGAAGGAGUUGCUCUUGUGCUCCUGGAUAUGUGUGGAAACAUAAAACUGAUUGGACUCGAGGAUGUGUGCCAAAAUUCAAGAGCUUCUGUAACAAGAAUUCCGAAACUCAGGUCGAUUUCCUUGUUUUGCCUCAUCAUGAUUUCUACGGAUAUGAUAUCGACUAUUUUCCGAACGUUACCUUGGUGGCGUGCAAGGAAAUGUGCGUGAAUCUUUGCAACUGCAGAGGUUUUCAAUACAAAUUUAACGAGGACACUGGCUCUUUUGAUUGUUACAUCAAGAUACUUCUGUUAAAUGGAUGUCUUUCGUUGCAACAAAUUGGGAGCAUGUAUAUAAAACUACCAAAAGCCAAUCUCUCUUCUUAUCAAAUACCCAUGAAAGAAUUCAAUACGCUGCCCUGCCCACCGAAAGAUCAAGAAGUUAUCUUACCGAGGACUUAUCUGAAAAGUCACAGAAAUCUGGUACUUGAGAUCCUGCUCAUUUGUGCUACGGUAUUAGCUGUAGUGGAAGCUGUUGUUGUCUUCCUCACAUGGUCCUUCUUGAUUGGAGCUGGUCGCCAUAAAGGUGGAGCUUAUGUAAACGGAUAUCAUCCUGCAGCGACAGGAUGCAGGAGAUUCACAUAUGCCGAGCUAAAGAAAGCAACCAAAAACUUUCGUGAAGAGAUUGGAAGAGGAAGCAGGGGGAUUGUGUACAGGGGCCUCUUGCAGGAUCACCGGGUAGCUGCAGUCAAGCGGCUGUACGGCGUUAACCAAGGAGAAGAGGCGUUCCUGGCUGAAGUGAAAACGAUUGGUAAUCUGAAUCACAAGAACCUAAUCGAGAUGUGGGGGUACUGCGCAGAGGGCAAGCACAGGCUCCUGGUUUAUGAGUUCAUGGAUCACGGUUCCUUGUCUGAAAAUCUUUCUUCCCCACAACUUGACUGGACCAAAAGGUUCGAGAUCGCCGUAGGAUCGGCCAAAGGGCUUGCCUAUCUUCAUGACGAGUUUUUAGAAUGGGUUCUCCAUUGCGAUGUGAAGCCACAGAAUAUACUUCUUGAUUCCAAUUACCAAGCAAAGGUGGCGGAUUUUGGGCUCUCUAAGCUUCUUAAUAGAAAGGGCCCUAAGGAUACCAGUUUCUCAAGAGUCAGAGGAACAAGAGGUUACAUGGCUCCUGAAUGGGUUGACCACUUGCCAAUCACCUCAAAAGUGGAUGUGUAUAGCUAUGGAAUCGUCCUGUUGGAGAUGCUCACUGGAAGGAACCCGAGCGGAGGUCAUGCAAUCUAUGGAGAAGUAAAAGGCGGGUACAAAAGAUCCACUUCUUGGGCGAGAGAGAAGAUGAAACCAGGAGUUGCGAUGGAGACAUGGAUAACGGAAUAUCUCGAUCCGGCCAUAAGAGGGAAUUUGGACAUUAAGAAGAUCAAAGUUUUGGUUUCGGUGGCCCUUCAGUGUGUGGAGGAAGACAGAGAUGCAAGACCCACCAUGAGCCAGGUGGUUGAGAUGCUUCUGCGCCAUGAAAAUGGGGCUGUGUAAUGACAAAAGCAUAGCUCCUCUUGUGUAUUUCUGUACUAGUUAACGAUGACAAGGUAGUAGUCUUUGGAUGAAUAAAGCUAGGAAAGAUCAAUUAGUAUGCAACUUCUCUUUCAUCUCUGUUUUGUCCUUACAAAUUUGGAAUGAUCAUUUAGUAUGUGUUCCUUGGAAA